AUGACCGCCAAAAACAAGCGAGCAUCAGAGCCGAGAAGAGCCAAUAAGCCACUCAUGGAGAAGCGGAGACGGGCGAGGAUCAACCAGAGUCUAGCAGCUCUCAAGACUCUCAUCCUAGACUCCGCUAAGGCGGACAACACCAAACAUUCCAAACUGGAGAAGGCUGACAUCCUGGAACUGACUGUGAGACAUUUCCAAAGGCAUAGGAGUUUAGACGUGAAGGGAGUAAACCAGUAUAAAGCGGGGUAUGCGGACUGUGUUAGAGAAGUUCAAAGAUACCUUGACACACCUGAUGCUCAAACUAUGACUGUGCUGGACGUUGGAGUCCGUCAAAGACUCCUCAGGCAUCUAGAGAACUGCGUGGCAGAAGUGGAUGUUGAUCUCAGACAAGCGCAGUUACAACCAUUGGAAGAACGAUUACAACCUCCCGACUCGAGCACCUUAGAAGAAGUCAAUAACAAUCAUCAUCAUCAUAUGAUUGAUCCAAAGCCAGAUCCAGACUCUCUGACACCAAAACCUGUAGCUUCAAAGUAUGACGGAAACUUUGUCCUGCUUUUACCAGAACACUACGUCCAACUGGCGAGUGCGCUUGGUGUCAACCUGAGGUCAAAUGACAUUGUGUCCAGUCCCAGUACAUCCACAGACAACGUGAUGGAUGAAAAGAAACCAGAAAGACCGUUGGACUUUAGCGGAAAGAGCAAUGACAGCAACGACAUGUGGAGACCAUGGUGA